GGAAGGUUACAUUCACCGGCCAUGUGGCCCGAUUACAAAACGCCGAGCCCCAGCUACGCUUUCAAAAAUUAGGGUUUCUCUGACACGCAUUCUGUUCCUCCCGCUUCCCUAACUCGUUCGAAAACAUUCAAAGCCUUCUCUGUCACAUUUCAAUUUUAGCUACCCUUCAUUUCCGAUCGAUCGCCAGUCAAGAGGAGAAGUCCAGAGCAGAGAACUAAGCCCCCGAUUGCCUCCUUUUCCUGCUUUUCCUUGGUUUGAGGAAGUCGCAAUCCGAUAAUCUGACCAUUGGGUGGUUCUGCGACUGAGUAUCUUCAGCAUGUCUUUGCAGAUUACCCAGCUUCUUCUGUCAGCCCAAUCUGCUGAUGGGCGUGUUAGAAUUGCUGCAGAGGAGAACCUCAAGCAAUUUCAGGCACAAAAUCUCCCUCACUUCCUCUUCUCUUUGUCCGAGGAAUUAUCCAGCGAACAUAAACCUCCAGAAUCACGAAAACUCGCCGGCAUUAUCCUUAAGAACUCAUUAGAUGCUAAGGAUGCCCUCAGAAAAGGUGAGUUGACUCAACAAUGGAUCAAUAUCGAUGCUUCUCUCAAAUUUCAAAUCAAGGAAUCACUACUACAAACGCUCAGCUCACCUGUAUCUGAGGCAAGUCAAACUGCAUCCCAAGUUAUUGCUAAGGUUGCAUUCAUUGAAAUACCUCGAGGAGAAUGGCAGGAUCUCAUUGGGCGGCUUCUAACCAACAUGACCCAACCAGAUACACCAGCUACUUUGAGACAGGCGACAUUAGAGACACUAGGAUAUGUUUGUGAAGAGAUUUCUCCUCAAGAUUUGGAGCAGGAACAAGUAAAUUCUGUUCUUACUGCGGUCGUACAGGGAAUGAGCCGGGCACAGGAUAGCUUUAAGGUUCGUCUGGCCGCUGUAAGAUCUUUAUACAAUGCCCUCGAUUUCGCACAGACUAAUUUUGAGAACGAGAUGGAGAGAAAUUAUAUCAUGAAAAUAGUAUGUGACACGGCCGUGUCAAACGAGUCCGAAAUCAGACAGGCGGCUUUCGAAUGCCUCGUUUCUAUUGCUUCCAUGUACUAUGAAAUUCUCGGACCUUACAUGCAAACACUUUUCAGUUUGACGGCGAAUGCCGUGAAGGCAGAUGAGGAGUCUGUCGCGCUUCAAGCUGUUGAAUUUUGGAGCUCCAUAUGCGACAUGGAGAUUCAAAUACAAGACGAAAUUGAGGGAGCGGAUGCCAAAAGCUCGGAGGGGUAUCAUCAUUUCAUACAGAGAGCUCUCGGUAUGCUCGUUCCGAUGCUGCUGGAAACCCUUCUCAAGCAGGAAGAGGAUCAGGAUCAAGAUGACAGCAUAUGGAAUCUUUCCAUGGCGGGUGGUACGUGUCUCAGGCUUGUUGCAAAGACCGUCGGCGACGAGGUUUUGCCCUUAGUGAUGCCUUUUGUUGAGGAUAAUAUCAUGAAACCCGAUUGGAGGAGCCGUGAGGCGGCUACUUUUGCAUUCGGAUCCAUUCUUGAAGGUCCAUCUAUCGAAAAACUUUUACCAAUGGUUCAUGCUGGACUGGAUUUGAAUGCGAUGAAAGAUCAGAAUAGCCAGGUGAAAGAUACUACGGCAUGGACUUUGGGUCGGAUAUUUGAGAUUCUACAUUCUCCUAACAGUGAAUACCAAGUGGUGACGCCGGCCAAUUUACAUCGAGUCAUUUCUGUAUUGCUGGAAGGUAUUCGCGAUGCCCCUAACGUGGCUGACAAGGUUUGCGGAGCCAUCUAUUUUCUCGCUCAAGGUUAUGAAGAUGCAGAGUCGGGUUCGUCUAUUCUCACGCCUUACCUGGGCGAGAUUAUUUCCGCUCUUCUUUGGACUGUGGAUCGCACCGAUGUCAGCAGCUCCAAGUUACGUUGUUCUGCAUACGAAACGCUGAACGAGAUAAUAAGAUGCAGUCAAAUUCCUGAGACAGCGAAUAUGAUUGCUCAAUUACUUAACGAAAUCAUGAACAGAUUAGGCAGGACUGUGGAGCUUCAAAUAUUAUCUUCUGAAGAGAAAGAGAAGCAGAGUGAUCUGCAGGCAUUGCUCUGUGGUGUUUUGCAAGUAAUAAUACAGAAACUGUGCUCCUCUGUUGACACAAAACUGAUAUUUAUUCAAGCUGCCGAUCAAUUAAUGGCGUUGUUUCUCAGAGUCUUCGCUUGUCGCAGCUCCACUGUGCAUGAAGAAGCCAUGCUUGCGAUCGGAGCUUUUGCUUAUGCUACCGGUCAAGAGUUCGUCAAGUACAUGCCCGAGUUAUAUCAAUAUCUUGAUAUGGGUUUGCAGAACUACGAAGAGUAUCAGGUUUGCUCUAUAUCCGUUGGCGUGGUUGGCGAUAUAUGUCGCGCCAUGGAAGAUAAGGUCCUUCCAUUCUGUGAUGGAAUCAUGACGAAUCUUCUAAAGAAUCUGUCAAAUUCGUUACUUCAUCGGUCGGUUAAAGCUCCGAUAUUCUCCUGCUUUGGGGAUAUCGCCCUCGCAAUUGGGGAGAAUUUUGAGAAGUAUGUCCCGUAUGUCAUGCCGAUGCUGCAGGGGGCUGCGGAGCUCUGCGCUACUUUGGAUGAUAAUGAUGAAGAUAUGCUCGAAUAUGGAAAUCAGUUGAGACGAGGCAUCUUCGAAGCAUACUCAGGCAUUCUUCAAGGAUUCAAAGCCUCGAAGGCGGAUCUGAUGAUACCUUUUGCAAGUCAUCUUCUGCAGUUCACAGAGGCUGUGUUCAGGGAGAAAAACAGGGACGAUGCGGUGACGAAGGCGGCGGUUGCUGUCAUUGGUGAUCUCGCUGAUACCCUCGGACCCAGCAUCAAACUUCUGCUAAAAAAUGCUAAUUUUCAUGUUCGUUUCUUGGGAGAAUGCUUCAGUUCUGAGGAUGAUCAGUUGAAGGAGACGGCUAUGUGGACUCAGGGAAUGAUCGGACGGGUACUGGCUUCUUAAAUCUGCUAUUUUUUCGUGUCUUUGAUCAUACUGCUAUUGUUAUGAUUUUGUUUUGCCAGGUCAAGUUGAAGGGUCUUAAAUGUCAUUGUUAGUAUAUAUUAGGUCGUGUAGAAAGUUUUCAUGUUUGUACAGGUGCUACUUGCACCUGUCUUCGGAGUGCACUUGGCCAAUGGCAUGGUAGUGCCCCUCCGAUGGUUCCUCGGGUUUUUUUAGGGAUUUUGUUGAGUUGAUGGUAAUUUUGAACUUUGAAAUGAAUUCUUCCACAGAUUUGUGU